UGCAAUUCACAGAAAAUGCCACCUAUGCUGGCACUGUAAUCGAGAAAACUCACUUAUUGAAUAGUAAUGGAGAAGAAGAAGUCAUAGUACCCACUGGUUGGUGAACAUAAACGAAGUUCAAGUUUAAAACAAAGACAAUGCCAUCAAUCACAAACAUCGUAUUCUUUUGAUACCCCCAAAUGGGCUCCUCCAACUUCAUCAUUGUGUCUUCAAUCACAAGCAAAAAGAAUGGUGAUUGAUUGACCUCUCAAUCCCUCAUUCAUAGGUUCAUCUCCCUGAUUUUCUUUUUCAGGAAUCAAACUCCAUUUUGGUCUGUGAGUCCCAGAAAACCCAGGUUUAGCAUUAACUGCACAUUGGAGGAUUGCGACUAUGUUAAAGAAAAUUUUGGCAAAACUUCCUCGGAAGUCAUCAAAAUCCGACUCAUCAGAUUCUGGUGGGAGCACUUCCUGCAGCAGCACUGCCGACUUGGGCAGUGGAAUCCAAUUUACCAAUAGUUGCAGUGUUAUUUCGAGCCGACUGAAUGUAGUGAAACGGAUGUCUUCAGCAAUUUUCCCAGCCAGCAUCACAGCUGGAGUGGAGGAGGUGGAGCCCCAUCUACCAUUCAAAGAUGUUUCAAACUGGGAGAAGCAGAACCUGUUUAUCAGUAAGUUGAACCUCUGCUGUUCGGUAUAUGAUUUUGGUGAUCAAGAUGAGAACUCCACAGAGAAAGAUGUUAAACGUCAAAUACUAAUAGAGCUUGUUGAUUUUGUUGCUUCUGAAUCUGCAAAAUUGUCUGAGCGAGCAGUUGAUGCUAUGUGUAAAAUGUGCGCGGUUAACCUCUUUAGGGAUUUCCCACCCAAGUAUCACUCCUAUUCUGCUCGUGGUGAAAAUGAAGUUGAUGAACCUGUGUUUGAUCCUGCUUGGUCACAUUUACAGCUUGUGUAUGACCUGCUCCUUAGAUUUAUAGAUCAUAGUUCCCUUGAUGCAAAAGUAGCGAAAAAAUAUGUAGAUCAUUCUUUUGUACUUAGGUUACUUGACCUUUUUGAUUCAGAAGAUCCACGAGAAAGAGAUUGUUUGAAAUCAAUUCUGCAUCGAGUUUAUGGGAAGUUCAUGGUGCACAGGCCUUUUAUCCGGAAGGCUGUGAGCAAUAUCAUCUAUCGUUUUGUUUUUGAAACAGAACGGCAUAAUGGAAUGGCUGAGCUUUUGGAGGUUUUUGGGAGUGUAAUCAGUGGGUUUGCUUUACCAUUGAAGGAGGAACAUAAGAUGUUUUUGUGGAGGAAUCUGAUUCCUCUUCACAAACCAAAAUCAGUGGGUAUUUAUCACCAGCAAUUAACAUAUUGUAUCGUACAGUUUGUAGAAAAGGAGCCAAAGUUGACCACUUCUGUGAUAAAGGGACUAUUAAGAUACUGGCCAGUAACAAAUAGCCAGAAGCAAUUGAUGUUCUUAAGUGAGUUGGAAGAGCUUCUGGAAAUGAUUAACACAGCAGAGUUUGAAAAGAUCAUGGUCCCAUUGUUCCGGCGUAUAGGAUGCUGCCUGAACAGCUCCCAUUUCCAGGUGGCUGAACGAGCACACUUCUUACUAAACAACGAGCACAUACUUAACCUUAUCAUGCAUAAUCGGCAGGUGAUUAUGCCACUUGUCUUCUCAGCUUUGGAGCGGAACACCAAGCACCAUUGGAACCGAGCGGUGGUCAACCUCACACAAAAUGUUAGGAAAAUGUUUUGUGAGAUGGAUGAAGAGCUGGUGCUUGCCUGCCAAAGCAAGUUUGAGGAAGAAAAUUCAAAGCUUAGUGUAGCAGCUGAGAGGCGGAGAUUGACAUGGGAGCGCUUGGAAACUGUUGCUGGUUUUCAACCGGUAGCUCGUAGUAUUUCAGGUCUUGAAGAACCUGCCACAUGUGUUGUUGCUUGCUAAUUUGCUUUUGCCUAGAGGUUGUCUAUGAGCUCAUUCCCAUGCUUUAGUUUCGGGGAAAACGACACAGUGAUAAUGUGUAGUGAUUUUGCUUGCAUUGUUGGAAGUUGUU